CGACCGAGACCGAGGACAAGGAGGUGCAGGACGUGCCGGCCAUCAACGUUGGAGGCUUGUCUUUCAGCCCAGUGCCUGGAAAAGCUCAGAUGACCACCCCAGUGAGCAUCAGCAGUGGUACUCACGGUUCGAUGGCGAGCUGGGAUCGCAUUGCAAGCAACCCUGGAAGCGCGACGGAGCCUACCGUGGAAGCAGAAAAGCAGAUCGACCUCUCGACCUUCGAUCCGGAGACCGAGGAAUACUUCUGGCCCGGACGUCAAGGACAAGAUGCGACUGAGCAUGACGAGAAGCCUUACUGGGACCCAGUCGCCAACGAGUCGAACAAGAAGCCCUUCUCGCACGAUGAACACGACGACGAUCUCGAGCGAGUGGAGCACGACGACGACACCAUGAAGGACGCCGACAAGAAGGACGAGAAUGCUGGCGGCGUCGACUUCAGCAACAACGGCGACUUCAACGGCGUGGUCUGGACGUUGGACGUUGAGAGCAAGGAGCACUACCUAGGCCACGAGCGCACGAGGCUAGACGGUGGCGAGAUGGGCAUCUUGGUAGAUCCAGGCGCACAUGGCAAUCUCGUUGGAGAAAGCUGGGCACGACAACAAGCAGAGAAGGCCAAGCAGUUCCAGCACGCUACCGAGGAUCCGCACUUCGAGAGCCGUUGGAGGUCAACGGUGUUGGAAAAGGACCUGACUAUUGAGAUACAUCAGGAAAACGACAGCACCGGCAACCUGGACACCUACACGGCCCCGAUAAUUCCUGGAAGCGACGUGCCAGCGCAGUUGGGAAAUAGUUCAUUGAAGAAGCUCGACGCGAUCAUCGAGUGCGGACAUCCAAUUGAUCGUUUGCAGCCUCAAGCAGAGCACCUGGAUUUUGUGUGGAAUGCGUUCCGAAAAGAGAUGAGUGGAAUGGGCCUGACACUCAACAGCACGUCGGAUUUGUACGCCGAGUGUCGCGGACAUGUUGAGCAGAAGAGUUGGAAUGGCUUUCAGCACUCACUGAAGAAGCACGGCAUCCACACGGAGUGCACCCCCAGCAAGAAGUGGGCAAGCAUCAAGCAGAUCUUCAGCGAGAAGAAGCCCGAGAAGGAGGUGAGCUUCGGAGAAUUCGAGGACAUUUCCAGCUACUGUGGGCAGAUCUUCCAGGACGUCGAGGAAUUGAGCGAGGACAGCGACCACAACAGCGACUGCGACUUCUUGAAGACUGCACCAGGGCACAAAUCGCUGGGAACGGAGAUAUCAUGCUAG